CUCCCAUCCCCCCGGUUUGUUAUAUUUACCUUAACGCAACACCCACAGAUAUUGUGGAGAACUGAAAUCAUGAACGUAGAAGAAGAAGUUGAGCGUCUCAAAGAAGAAAUCAAGAGGCUUGGCAAGGUCCAAGACGAUGGUUCUUACAAGGUCACAUUUGGCAUCCUAUUCAAUGAUGAUAGGUGUGCAAACAUAUUCGAAGCACUGGUUGGGACACUCCGAGCAGCAAAGAAGCGGAAAGUUUUGACAUAUGAUGGCGAGCUGCUGCUGCAAGGAGUCCAUGACAAUGUAGAAAUCACACUCAAACCCACGCCAGCUGCUGUGGCAGCGGCCACAGUGGCAACUGAUGCAGCUGUCGGGAGUUGAACAUUUGUGCUGUUGCUCCCACCGGGACGUGUUUGGAAGUGAAGUAUUGCUUAAUGUUUUGCUGUUCUAUGAUGUGUAAUUUAAGAGACAAACUUACUUUGGAGAAGAUGUUUACACUUGUUUGAUUCUCCAUGAAAUUUGACCUUCUUUCCCUCCCCCAACAAUGAAAAUGGAAGCUCAAGUUUGUCA